GAGCCGGGAGUGUGCGCUCCCCCUGGCCGGGCAUGGAGAACGGUAGCCGGACGGGGCUCCAGCAGGCGGCGGGCGGUGGAGGAGAAAGAGGCGGCUGGGUGCUGGUGGAGGCCCGGCUGCAGGGAGGAGCGCCGUGGGGCUUCACCCUACAGGGUGGCCUGGAGUAUGGAGAGCCGCUUGUCAUCUCCAAGGUAGAGGAGGGCGGCAAGGCGGACAGUUUGGAGCGGCCUCUGCGGGUGGGCGAUGAGAUCAUCAUCAUCAACGACGUGGAGCUGACCGGAUACCGACAGGAGGCCGUCGCUCUGGUCAAAGGAUCGCACAAGACUCUGCAGCUCACCGUCCGCAGGGAGCUUGAUCCCGGAUACAUUGAGGAGUUUGUGCCUCCAGCACCUUCCCUCUCUGCUCUUCCUCUUCCUCAUCCUCCUUCUCCUCCCCCUUCCUUUCCAUCGCCACCGCCACAAGAACAACAGCAACAACAAACACACCGGUCAUCACCUCGCAGCCCACCAUGUUCGGCAGUCCAGCUACGCAUCAAAAACAGACGCACUGAGCCGGCAUCUCGUCCUCAUUCGUGGCAUUCGUCGAAGCUCGAUGAAGGUCAGCAGGAGCUGGACCCGGCAGCGAUGGACACGAUGAGUAGUGCCUGGCACCACGGCUACCAUGCCAGUGCCUCGACCACCGAUCUGUCCGGCGGAUUCGACUCUGGAGGCAGCUACCUGAGGAAGAGUCCGGACCAGUACAGCUCCAGGGGCAGCAUGGACAGCCUGGACCAUCCCCAGUCCUCCCAGCUUCAUUCUGGAGCUCAGCACCAGCACUCUCUGAGCCACCACGGCCUCAGUGGACCCCACCCAGCCUACUCCUCCUGCCACCAGCUGUCCUCUGCCAGGUCGUCCAACAGCAUCGAACACUUGCACAGCAAGCGAGACUCCGCCUAUUCCUCCUUCUCCACCAGCUCCAGUAUCCCAGAGUACCUCGCCUCCACCCCCUCAUUCAGCCCGGAGCGCUCCUAUUCGCUGGAGACCGUCCCUCAGAGAGGAGGAGGAAGUGGAGAUAUGCACCAGGCUGACGUGCGUUACGUCCAGACAGUUUAUGACAACCAGCAGGGCCUCUCUCAAGAGCAUGAGCUGAAUUCCACCUCCGCCGUGUUCCUGCGCAGCAGCGACUCCAGGAGCGGGGGCGGAAGCAGGCCGGGUCGAGAUCUGCAUGGUUCAGUCAGCGGGGUCUGUUACCGUGGCAGCAGCAGCGGUAGCAGCAGCAGCAGCGGUGGCAGCAGCGGCAGCGGAGCCCCGGCUUCAAACAGGCACAGCGUAGGGCCUAUAUGGGGCCCCGCAGCCAGCCGCAGCUCCUACGAGAGCCUGAAGGGGGCGCCUGCUCCUCCGAGGCGCAGCGACAGCUAUGCCGCCAUCAGGAGCCACGAGAGACCAAACUCCUGGUCCAGUCUGGAGCACGCCAGAUCACUACGGUCUCUGCAGAAAGGCUCCUGGCAUCACUCCAGUGGUAAUGUUGCCUCAGUUUCAGCCAAAGGCUCGUACGGUGCAGAGGGUCAGCUCCACACGGUGAUAGAGAAGAGUCCGGAGAGCAGCCCCACCACAAGGCCCCGUCAGGGUGGAGGCUUUCCUCAACUCCCUUCCCCUACCGGGCCAUCCUCCGGAUCUGCAGGCCCUACGUCACAGUCCAGCCGGCUCAUUCUUCCAACUAGCAUGUACCCCGUUCCCCAGCCUGAGCCUCACUACGCACAGAUACCCAGCUCCAACCCCGGCCCAGGCCCCUCUGGAGUCUACCCAGCCCUGGCCAAGGAGAGCAACCGACAACAGCAACAAGGGCUGCAGGGCGUCGGCAGGGAUGAAGGAGCAGCAGAGGGGUGGAGAGAUGGAAGGAUGUCAGCCACAGAAAAUGGUUACCAAACUAACACUCCAUCCUACCCCCACAGCUCUUAUCCAACAUCUGCCUCGGUACAGCUCAGGAGUCAAGCACACGAGGCAGACAGGCAUCAAGAGGAAGAGUCUAACUUUGGACCCUACAAUCCACACAUCAAAACUACUGGAGGGGGACCAGAGAGCGAGGCGGUGACCCAGAGAUCCCAGAAUCAUCAGGGAGCUUACAGUCAGAGCGUCCACGAGCAGAAACGGGAUUACCAUAUUCCUCAGAUUUACUCAGGCCCUGAAGUCAGGCCCCCAUCAUCACAAGAGAGAAGUGACCCUUAUGCACCUGUCCAGUCUUGGGGAGACAGGAACAGAUCAGUAGAUCAGUCCAGCGUUCAUUCAGAGCCAGUGGCAUUGUCCCGGCUCGCCCAGGGACAGGUGCCACCCAACCACUCAUCUGUUCAGCCUCAGGCUCCACCCUCCUCCACCUCACAGCAUUCUCCCCGUCACCUCAGCGAGUCAUCAGCUCUGCAGUAUCAGCACUGGGACCACAGAGAGCAGGACAAAGACAAAGAACACCCACUGACCCGCCUGGAGCUCGCCCUCGCCGAGGUCCAGCGGUGCGCCAGCCCAGAGAGUGAUGCCACCCAAGGGCCGGCACGCAGCCUCUCAGUUUUGGAGAAAGUCAGUCGUUUCGAGCGUCGAGAACGUGCCGGAAAGCAGCGCAGUCACAGCAUCUCACACAAAGCCACCCAUCUGCGGAAUCAAACAACAGACAAAGGCCGCAGCGCCCCUUGUGGAGCGGAAGACCUCAGAAACAUGCUGGAGAGAAGCACCAAGGGGACCAAAGCCCACAGGACCCUGAGCCACAGAGGAGGCAGCAGUGAACAAAUGAAACCUAAGACCCCAACAGAUCCCGUUUCAGCCCUGCAGAGGAGCCGCAGCAGCUUCCAGCUCGAUGACUCUAAGGAGGAAGACAGCAGGAAGGACUUUCCCUGGAGACAGGAAAUCCAAGAGAUCCUGGCUCCCAUGCAGGACACAUCCACAAACAGAUCUUACAGGGACUCCUUGAAAGAUGUCCAGUCUAAGGUUCUGCGGUCCACCUCUUUUAAACGGCGGGACCUCGGCUCAUCAGUCAGUGCCCCGCCUUCUGCUGCUCCUCCUUCUGUCUCCUCCUCUGGCACCCAGCAGCCUCCACUCAUCCCUCCCAAGUACCACUCACUGGAGAAAAAAGGCCCUAAAACCAUGCCAAAACCACAGGGUAUUGUCAUCACACCACAGUCACAACCUCUGGUCACUUCCCCUCACACCCCGAAGGAGAGACACAUGGUCACUCCCGAUGUUCGAGGCCCGAGUCCACCACCUCUCCCCAGCGUCCCACCGGUUGGACAUCCUGCUCCGGUGCGGAUUUGUGGUCGUAAGCGUUUGACUGCGGACCAGAAGAAGCGUUCAUACUCAGAACCAGAGAACAUGAACGAGGUUGGGAUUUGUGAUGCAGAGACCAUGUCCUUGUUCCGGCGUGGAGAAGCUAGUGUGGCAGACCGUCGGAAGAUGUUUGAACUGGCUGCAAGUCGUGUCGGAGGUGGACCUUCUCAGAACCCCACGCCGAGACCCGACCUGCGGCAAGUCCAGCAAGAAGCUCUUGCUGAGUAUGUGGAGAGGAAGAGAGGCGUGAGGAGAGAUGAGGGGGGACAGAGGAGCAUGUCGAGGCCUCGCAGUGCUUAUUUUCAGCCUGAAAACAGCAACCAUGCAGUCUCUUCCUGUUACUCAGACACCCUCAGCCUCUCCUCCACCUCCAGCCUGCUCUCCCUCCAGGACUCUGGUCCAGCUUCUCCUCCAGGGGAGAACCGCCUCAGCUCAACCCUCCCUCCUGGAGCUGAUCUGCGGAGCCACCAGUCCAACUUCUUCUACCCAGGCAGGGUCACCACACCGAGACCACCAGCUCACCCACCACAAGGCACUCCUUCCGGCUCCAUUCUUGACCAGCUCUACCGGGAUCUCAGUCCUGAAGCAGAGAUCAGGAGACACAGUCAGUCUUCCAGCACAGAACCAAGCCUGGGCCAUGAAAGGCAGGUCGCAGAGCCUCAAGUCAACCAGGGACUGUCUAAGCAACUCAACGGUGCACUGCAGAGGGCUGAGUCGCCUCGCAAAACCGGGAAGUCGGCCUCUGCUGAGAAUCUCCUGGAGCAAUCCAAGGACACACAAGCCUCCCCUCAGCACUUCCGCUCUCGCUCCUCCCCCAUCAUGGAGCGACUAAAUGAGGACCUCGUUCCAGAUGUCCGGAUGUUCGGCGUCUUCAUCUCCAAAUCUGGACGCUGUGCUCUGGCUGCCGACAGACCUGCAAACAUCUGUGUACCAGAGGACCUCGUCUCGCCAUCCCAGAACAGCACGAACACCUUCCAGCCUGUAGGACCUUCUCAAGAUCCAGGCUCCUCCCAAACUCCAGUCACUCGCAGGGAGCGGCAGAGGAACAGCGAGCGCCAGCGUGUUCACAGCACCUCCACCUUGGCGGCCUCUGUUGGCCUGCCCUGCCCCUUCUCCCCACCUGGGACUCAGGAUGGAGGCGGCGCUCAGUGGCAAGCGAGCGAGCGGUUGAGCCAGGCUAAUCUGGAUGCCAUCACCUUCCCUGGCAUCCCGCAAGCCAGUGCAGGCAGUGGUGAAGAAAGUAAAGGUGUUGGAUAUGAAACACAAACUAGACACAGUUCGAGUGACGCCAUCCUGUUAGAGGAGACUGUGAAGGAUGUUUUCAGAGGCAGAGCCUUCAGUUUAGACAGGAGAGGGGGACUUUCUGAAGAAAAUGCCAAACCAGUUUCACCAGUGACACCAGCACCGCCGCCUCAUUUCCAGCUUCCAACCUCAUCAAAAAGGAAGGGCAGCGGAAGCGCCACAUCCUCUCCUCUGUCGUUCGCCCAUCCGUCCGUCCGCCUGUCCUCACUGCGUAUCUCCGAGACCAGCCUCUUUGGCUCCGUCGACCAACAGCACCCUCCAGAAACCUCCACAGGCACACCGCUGGAGGACUAUGACGAGGUCUUCCUCCAGAGUUCUGCCCCACCUCCUCCUCCCCCUCCUCCUCCUCCUUCUCCUCCAAUCAGAGAGACGAACAUCACCGAUGAUUUCCCGCUUCCACCUCCUCCUGUGGAGUUGGAGCAGGAAGCUAAAGAGGAGACAGUGGGAAGUUCCACUUCAGAGUUCUCCAUCAUCUCCACAAGGAAGUCUUCCCUCCGGACUUCACCAGUGACCACUUCCUCUGUGCCCACUCAACUUCCUUCACUGCAACCCUCCACCACCACUCCAGCCACUGCAUCCGCCACUACUGAGGACAACCUAAGUCUCGAGUACCAGCCGCUGCCUAAGAGGGAGAAGACCUCUGAAGAGCUGAGAGUGGAGGCUCUGGCUCAGCGGCUGGUGUUGCAGGACGCCUCUCUAGCGCCCCUCUUGGACACGUGGGGAGGUAAAUCUACUAUAGAGUUAUUGGAGGAAAUCUUUCCAAACAGCAAACUGAUUAGCAAAUCACAGUGGACUCACAGAGGCAGCGGCCAAGUGGAUGAAGGGACCCAGGUUGGCGUCUGCAGUCCCGCUCAGAGCACGGUGGCAGAUCGAAGUAAGGAAAACGAUCUGGAUGAGGAAGAGAAGGACCUCAACACCAGGAAGGUGGAGCUAUGUGAGGCUCUGAGGAGCAGCAUGGCGGCUCUGAAGCGGGAGAAGGAGGCGUUGUGCGAGGAGCAGAGGCAUCACAAGGUGCUGGGGGACAGCAUGGAGACAUUGGUGCAGGACCACCUCAAAACCAACGAGAAGGACAAGUACAGCAUGUUCAUUGGUGAUCUGGAGAAGAUCGUGAACUUGCUGCUGUCUCUGUGCAGCCGGCUGUCGAGGAUCGACAGGUCUCUGCUGGCUCUGCAGAGAGACGGGCUGUCGCCAGAGGAAGCAGCCGAGGAGAGGGACUCCCUUAAUCACAAGCGCUCUCUGCUCCUUCGCCAAACCGAAGACGCUCGUGAGCUAAAGGAGAACCUCGACCGGCGGCAGCGCGUGGUCCACGCCAUCCUGUCCGGCUACCUCACUGAACCCCAGCUCCAAGACUACCGCCGCUACGUCAGCGCCAAGCCCUCGCUUCUGAUCCGCCAGCGGCACCUGGAUGACCUCAUACGAAGGGGGGAGGAGCAGCUGACGCAGUUGGCCGAAAGCCUACCAGCAGAGCUGGCGGAGGCCCACGGCUGGUCCACGGCAAGCACUGUGCCCUGCUCUUCUUCGUUUCCACCUCUGCUUCCGCCCGCUGCCAUUACAGGCCCCACCCAUGUGGUCAGACCUACCACUGUGACAUCGCUGUGAAGUCACGGACAUGAAGGACAGGUAGCUCCCAAAAAGGUUAAAGUGAAGGAGCUUUCCAUGAAGGAGGGCCUAAAACAGGCUCCGCCCACUCUGAAAUGACUAUGCAGACUUCACACGUGAAGAAAAGCCUUUAAUGUGCCUCUCUCUGUUCUCACCUGACUGCACGUUAGACCUCUGUUCACCUGCCCAGCUAAUACUUCUAACCACACUGCUCCAAUGAGCGACUUUAAGGUCAGAGGAUUUCCACGAAAGUUUAACAUCAAAUCCUUCAAAGGACAAUUCCAGUCUGGUGGAUCAUUUUCUCCAGUUUUUUUAACACUUGGACCUCUUCUGCUUUUCCUUAUUUCCUGUCAUAUAUAUCCUGUUACAAUGGUGGAUGUUCAUAUUAAACACAGCCAAAGUUUCAGACUGCUCCACAGGCUCAGUUUCAGACAGUUUUUUCUACUCAUGGAUUUGUAUGAUGUCAUAAAGAGGGGAUAUCCAGUGUUUCCCACAUAUGUGUUUCCCAAACGUGUUUCUCUUUCCCAUUUUUCACUUGAUACAUCCUCACCUCUUCUCCUUGCGUUGUAGUCCCUCCCCCACCAGAGAUGCAAGUGAGGAAGAGACACGAGGAAAGAGGAGUCGAGAAGUUUAACAAAAUGAGUCAGCCUUUCCUUUGAAAGUGAUGUCAGUUAAAUAUGCAGCGUGGUAUCUGGCUACUACUGCUGUAUUUAAUGCACUGAGCCUUUAUGAGCUCAUCAAAGAAUGUACAAAAAAACGAGUACUAAAAGUGCGAGAGGUGGACGAAAAGAAAGACAAGACUAUAUAUACACAUUCAAGUGUGUAUAUAUAGUCCUGAGACACAGGUGGAAACACUCAAACACAGGAGAAACUAAUAAGCACGGGGCAGGUAUCCCAGAGGAGCGAGGAAAACCACGAGACUCACAAAGAUGGAAUAAAAGAUGGAUGUAGCAUCUGGGUCUGAAAAGUAAAGUCAGCACAGAAGUGCCUUAAUCAUCAAAUCAAACAGAGGUCCACCACCACCCCCACCCGGUCUCCAUGAUAAAGAAUGCAGGUUUAAUUUAAGAAAACCUGAGCAGCUGCAAUGGAGCUGCAGGGUCACGUGACCCACCACUGCAACAAAUCAAAUCCAUAUUUGCAGGAAACACUGGAUCAUCCCUAAUAUAGUUAUCUUAAGUACACAGCACAGAAGCCCCGCCCACCUAUUGUUCAAACCGUCUAUCAAUAAGGAGCAGCCAAUCAGAAGAAUGGAGUUAAAAUAGCUUGUUACAGGCAGAGGAGCUGCACCAAGCUCCAGUAUAAGAUAAAUAAUGAUUAUUUUGAACUGUGAAUUAUGCAAAGCUACUUCAAGAAUAAUUAAUAUGGAGGUGAAUAUUAAUAUUAUUACACUGGAAUUGUCCUUUAAUCCCCUGAUGAUGCUUUCAGGAGCCUCAAACUUUCAGACUUUCCUCCGUGAUGUCUUUCUAUCUGACGGCUGGUGGAAGUGAGCGGUUACCUCCCAAAGAGAAAACACUACCAUCUGUAAAACAUCAUCAUCUUCUUCAUCCUUCCACAGAGCCCGCAUCACUCACAGUCACGUUAAGGAACCGAACACCAAAAUCGGAGGGACUACGUCGUCGUCGUUUCACUGGACAAGAAACGCAAAAUCCUGAAGAUGAACUGUAAUCGUCACUGACGUCAAACUGUAACACUGUAACUACUGCCGCUGCUGUCUGCACGUCUGCAGCUUGUAGCACUUGCAGCAUAACUUACACGGAUCCCAGACACACUGUCCUCACCUCUGUCUGACGUUUCAGGAGGAAAAGUUCAGAUUCCAAAGACUUGCACAGGCUGAUGUUUUUGCAGAUUUCAGCUUGGUUUCAUUUUGGAUUUUGGAAUCUUUUAUGACAGAAAUGUCGACUAUUUUUUUUCCUGCAUUUUAAGAAAGCCACAGUUGCAACAGUCACCUUAAAAUCCACUGAAUUUUGACAAAUAUUAACUUAAAAAAUAAAAAUCAGAAGAAUAACAAUUUCAACCCAAAGAUAUUUAAUUUUGUGAUGCUGAGAAGAAGUUUACAUUUGAGAGGUUGUAAUGUUUUAAUUUUUGGAUCACUUACAGAAACAUUUUCAGGGUUCCAGCAAAAGUUUAAAUUAACUGUGCAACACAGCUGCUUAUUAUUCACUUUAUUUUAAUUAUUGUCCUUUCAGAAACUUGUCGACGACCUUCAGUUUCAUAGAAAACUGAGAAAAUUUUGAUAAUCUCCUUUCAGUCCAGCUCUGUCAGAGAAACACACACUGUAAAACCUUUAGAUGCCACUUUUAUUGCUUUAUUUUUAAAUUCUGCAUCAGUUUCUUACCCAUUCAUCCAUUUUCUGCCUCUUAUCUCAGUCCGGGCUGUGGGAGUAGGAGUCUAAGCAGAGAUGCACAAGCCUCCCCCUCCCUGGCCACCUCCUCCAGCUCUUCUAGAACCUAAUAGAUCUAAUCUCUCCAGCGCAGUUGGACAUGACAUGAAACACCUCAGCUUGGCAGCGCCUCCUAGUCUGUUGCCUCAUGGAUGCAUCUAUCAUUUAUCCUCAGCUGUUUUUUCAGGGUCACUAUCAGCACUUUCUCCAGCUCCACAUGACAUCAUUUCAGUUACUAAAUCCAGUGGAGGAUGGAGAGAAAAGAAAUCUGCUGUUAGUACAGACCUGUGGUUCUCAAACUGUGGGGUGGGGCCCACUGAUGGGACACAGAGUCGCUGCAGGUUUGAUCCUGUUGCGCUGACUUUGAUUUAAGAAAAGUUCAACUUGGUCCCUGUUUUUUAAUUGUUAAAAAAAUUUAAGGUAAAUAUUGCAGGGUGUGACGAAUGAACUUUAAUGAACUUAAAACUGGUGGAGUGUCCCUUUAAUUCUGUUUGGAUUGAUGUCAUUGACUUAUUCUUAUUUAAAUUUAGGAAAUUUUUUUUAAAAAUGUAGAAAACAAGUGCAAGACACUGACCAGUCCUCAUAAUUUCUUUUAAAAUUUUAUUCACAUUUUUGCCUUCCGUUUUUGUCAUAUCUGGGCUUCCGUAGUUCCUUUGUGCAUGAUUGCAGGAUCAGGUUUAUAGACUUUUCUCAGCAUUGCGGUAAAACAGGCACCAUCUGUCUUCCCUUCACUUCAUACUGAACACUUUCAUUUCUGCAGUAUAAAAUAUUUAUUUGCUUCUGAUCAGUGGAGGGUUUUUAGUGUUUAUUCCACACCUACAUGUUUAGUUUUGAGAGCACCUUUUUAAAUAUUCUCCAAGCAGUACAACACACACACACACACACUGCCGUAUGUCCUCAUCAAUAACCCUGAUUGUACUGUUGAUCAUUGUUUGUUUUUUCAGAGGCACUAAAGAUUCUGAUUUAUUGUUGAAUGAAAUUCAAUCUUUGCUUUCUGAAAGAAUUAAGAACAAUUAAAGAAAAAUAACAUUUUUUUUUCCAAAAUAAAUGUUUUUUGUAAAU